AUGACAACCUCAUACCAGCCUCUUCAAGUCCUCAUCAUCGGCGCCGGUAUUGCUGGUCUCUCGACAGCUAUUGCCCUUGGAAAACAGGGGCAUCAUGUUGUGGAGUGGUACCUUGUGCAUCGAGUUGAGCUACACAAUCACCUCAAGCAACGUGCCCUUGAGACUGCAACGCUGCAUACACGGUGUAGAAUCACCGAGGUCAAUGUGGAAGGGGCUUGCCCGUCGGUCACUCUCGAUGAUGGUCGCACUUUCAAAGCCGACCUGCUCCUUGGUGCAGAUGGACUGCAUUCCCAAAUUCGUCACAGUAUUGCCCCGGGAUCUCCCUCUCCAUACCCCGUCGGCAAGUCAUGUUUUCGUUGGCUUCUUCCCACAGAUCAGUUAAGGCAACAUGCAAGCACUGUGGAUUUUGUGCGAGACACCGGUUUGUUUAUUGAGUGGGCAUCUGAUGACCGGCGGCUCGUGGCCUACCCUUGCUCUGAUAGCAAAAUCCUCAAUCUUUGUGCUUUUGUCCCUUUGGAUGAAAUUCAGGCAGAUAAACAAGGUGACAGCUGGCAGGCAGCUGGAGACAAGACUACCAUUGUCAAGGCCUUUUCUAAGUUUGCACCCAGUGUUCAACAAAUCAUCGCAAGUGCGGACAAAGACCUCAAAGUAUGGGAUCUGUACGAUAUGGAUGCACUGCCGACCUGGACUCGAGGUCAUGCUGCUCUUGUGGGAGACGCAGCACAUCCGUUCCAGCCAUACAUGGGACAGGGGGCAGCUAUGGCAAUUGAAGAUGCUGUCAGCGUCGCCACAUUGCUUCCUUGUGGCAGUACACCGCACGAUAUUCCCGUGCGACUUGAAAUGUAUCAAACGGGUCGUCGGCCACGGGUCGACCUUGUCCUCCACUACACUCGGAUGAAUGGACGUGAUGAAAACGAUGCAGCCGAAUCAUUUCGCGUUAGACGGAAACCCGUGUCAAACCCGAACUUGCGAGGUACGGCGGCCGAUCAGCGGGAAGCAACUGUUUAUGCUGCCAGUACAUCGUCUCUUGUGCCCCCAUCAUCACAGCCCCCAUCAUAUACGGACCUUUAUGGACCACCACCCCCCAGGCCUGUAAGUCCGGGCUUACUGCCGCGGCCAAGGACAGCAGGGCCAGCUUCAUCCCCGACUCCUCCGCAGCCGACGCCUGUUCAAAAGGCAUACAGCGAAGCCCGGCAUUUCCUCACCGGUCUAAUCAAUCGUCCGACAGAAUCAAACAAGCAUGUUACGAUUUUGCGACAUUCUCAUGGACUGGUUUUCUACCGUGGGCCCACUACAUCAGUCGCUAUAUCAAUCUUCUCUGAUGCCCCCUUGCCACCUGAGCACACCUUGUGGCUGCAGAGCAAAGGUUGGACCGGGAAGACCGGGAUGCAAUUCAAGUCGUUCCUCCGUCUCCGAGAUAGCUGGCUAGAUGUGACCCCGAGUAUGCCAUUGAGGGCCGACCAGGUGACUCCAGAUGAUGAACGAGCUUGGCAACGCGAUAUCAAGAAAUUUCGAAAAAAGGCCCCGCCCCGUCCGCGCGAUACACAUCAGCUACGGGAAACCGCCGUUGUGCGGAUUCCUGCUGAGGCCGGCGAUGGUUAUUUUCAGCUAGUCCUCUGCCAAGGGCCCAAGAAGAAGGUGCUUGGCAAUAGCCCCGUGUUCCGGGUGCUCUCUACGUCCACUGCCCCUAGCUCUAUUCGUGGCGCGAGCUUGAGCACGCUGCCUCUAGAGGUUGGGGCUAUGAUUGUGAGCCUUUACGCCCAAACUGCAGCGCGAACCGCGGCAGGUCCGGCCGCCAUGGCCAUUCAAGCCAAAGCUGCCCCGCUUCAAGCCAAAGCUGCUGCGUUACGUCCAUCGUGGGUGACAAAGAAUGCGGUCCAAAAGGCUUACACGACUAGUGGUAUCGAGAACCGCGUGGGUGGUAUUAUCAAUGGCCCUAAAGGUCCUAUUGGGCGAUCUCAGAUAAAUCCAGCAGCGCCGGAAAUAGCUGGAAGCAGCCCGGUUUCUAUCGAUGUCGGUCCUCAGCCACCAUUUCCUAUGACAUUCAAAGCUCGCUGUCAAACCGAUCAAAUUUUGUACCCCAACAACCCUGAAGACAUACCAAAGUUGAGCUUAAUUAGAAUGCCCGACUGGGUGACGGAGCAGUUAAGGGGCUACUUCUUCGGCUGGGCUCGAUUCGAUACUGGGUCGAACAAAGGUCUCCAGACUGAUGAAUGGGGCCCAGCUAUUUUGUCUGUGCGGGCGCUGGAUCCCCUCCAGGCAGCGAGAGUAAAUAUGGCUCAACUAUCGAAACGCGUGGUCUCAAUUCGCCUCCUUGAAGAUUUUGCUAUCCAAACAAGCAAAAUUGAGAUUCGUAUUUUGGGAUACCUUCGCGCCGAAAUCCCACCGCCCACUGGGACCACGAGCAAAGAACUUGCUGAGGCGCAAGCGGCAGCUACAGAGGCGGCCCUGCUCGCUGAUGUAUACGACGCAUCUGUUGUACAAGAUACUCUGGCUCAUCCUGCGUGGGCCGCGGAACACCUGGCGAUGUCAGACCUUCAACAAAACCCGAGUUGGAUCGAUCGCACGGUCGAGGGGUAUACUAAUAUCAUCACCCGUGGACAGAAGUUGGUAGAACAAGUUCCAUUACACCUAGUCGGAGUUCGCUCUGUCACCGAUGGGCUUAGAGAUAGCCAAGUUGCCGUAAACGGGUUCUAUAUAGUCCGAUAA